CGCUGCCGUGCGGCGCGGGCGGAGGGGUGCGCGGGGCCGGCUGGCGACCCGGGGGCUCCCGCCGCCGCCCCGCCCGCCCGCGUCAUGCCGCCCCCUGCUCUGCUUUGCGCGCUCUGCUGGGGCCUCCUGGCCACCGCCACCCACGCCGGCUACUCGGGGGACGGCUGCAGCUGGAGCGGCAGCGGCCUGACCCAGGAGCCGGGCAGCGUGGGGCAGCUGUCCCUGGCCUGCUCGGAGGGCGUGAUCCAGUGGCUGUACCCGGCCGGGGCGCUGCGCCUGACCCUGGCCGGCUCCGGCUCCGGCACGCGCUCUGGCAUCGCCUGCCUGCGGCCCGCGCGGUCCUUCGCAGGCGCCCAAGUCUUCGCGGAGCGGGCGGGCGGCGCCCUGGAGCUGCUGCUGGCCGAGGGUUUGGGCCCGGCGGGGGGCCGGUGCGUGCGCUGGGGUCCCCGUGAGCGCCGGGCCCUCUUCCUGCAGGCCACCCCGCACCCAGACAUCAGCCGCCGCGUGGCUUCCUUCCGCUUCGAAACGCACGAGGACAGGUACCCAGAGCUGCCUCCACAGGCCCACGGUCUUGGUGCCGAUGGUGUCUGUAGGCCCUGCAGCGACGCCGAGCUCCUGCUGACUGCAUGCACCAGCGACUUUGUGAUCAACGGAACCAUCCGCGGGGUUGCCCACAACACAGAGCUGCAGGAAUCUGUUAUCACAGUGGCAGCUGCCCGUGUCCUCCGACAGACGCUGCCGCUGUUCCGGGUGGGGGAGUCCGGGGGCCAGGCCUCCAUUCACACCCCGCUGCGCUGCGGCGUCCGUCCUGGCCCCGGCGCCUUCCUCUUCAUGGGCUGGAGCCGCUUUGGUGAGGCCUGGCUGGGCUGUGCACCCCGCUUCCAGGAAUUCAGCCGUGCCUAUGCGGCUGCCCACGCCGACCACCUCCACCCCUGUGAGGUGGCACUGGACUGAGCGCCGGGAGCAGGGCACUGGGGAGGGGCUGGGAGAGGGUGGGUGGGGAGGGACAGCCUCCUCAGGGUCCCAGCUGCUUCUGAGGUGAUAGCCACAACCAAUAGGAACACUGAUGUCAUUAGCCAGCGUAGAUGGGAGUGUCCCAUGCCUGAGCCUGGGCCAUCUAAGCACCCCCCAGCCCCACUGCUCCGAUUUCUGCUUCGGAGUAGGACACCGAGGCUCUGGGCAGUGAUGCCUUGUCUAAGGCCACCCAGCUAGUGAGUGGGAGAGUGGCCCGUGCCCGUGCCUUGAAGGCGAGCUGCUGCCUGGGUUGGGGGGAAGCAGGGACCCUUCCUUCCACGGGAUCCUCAGCUCUGCUGCUCCUACCUUCGAGGCCAGGUUCUUCCGUAAGUGAGAAUGCAAGCAGAAAAAGGGCUGUAACUCCCCAGGUCUGAGGAGGGAGGGGUCCUUUACUGGGGGACAGGCAGGAAGACGGCACUCCUAGCCUGUGAGGGAAGGCGGUGCAAUCUGGCAGGAUGCCAGACUUCCCUCUGUGGUCCGCUGGGAGCCCAGCAGAGUCAUCCUGGCCCCGUCCGAUCCUCGGGGAAGAAUGGCCCCCUCUGUCCUGAGGGCCCUGAGACGUGCGUAGCAUCCGGACAUGGCUCAUCCUCACGGGAGCGGGGUCUCCUCUGCAGGGUCGGGCACCGUUUCUGGAGGGCAGGGUGAUACAAUGGGGUCUCUAAGGACCAUUUCCCGCCACCGGCCCCAUUGUUGCUGCCUCCGCCUUCCUUUUCAGCCUCAGUCACAUAAAAGGCUAGGGCAGUUUGGGACAAAGCCCUGUGUGGAGGCUGAAUGCCCCUGGGGUGGGGGUGCAUGCCAGGGCUUCUGAACCGGGACUGGCUGACUCUGCUCACUCCAACCCCACGCGUUCCUGAGGAAGCCAAAGCUCAGGGUGGGGUUGGGGCACCUGGACUCACAGGCUGAGCCCCAGAAACAGCUUCCCAUCCUCAUCUGCCAGUCUGCAGUGGGGAAGGAGCUGACGGUGGGCAUGGAGGCCAGGGGCCGCCUCAUCUUUCAGGCAGGAGCUGAGACUAAAAGAGAGGCCGGCCGGUCUGUGCAGGGCCCAGACACAGGGCUCCUUCCUCCAGAUUUGGCUGACAGUUGUGGGUAGGGGAGGCAGGUUCCCAGGGGUUUGCAGCCACCUGCCCUCCUGAGGCUCACUGCCGCUCCCUUCUCCCCAAACUUUCAACCAUGGAGUGCUCAGGGUCACGCAGUAGACCUCUCCUGUCCCUUGAUAUGCCCUCAUCGGAGAGCUGGAGCAGCCUCGUGGCUUUACAAACCAUCAAUGUGCUGAUGACCCUGUGUUUUGAUCUCCAGCCUGGACCUUUCCCAUGGACUGCAGAGCGUCGUAUCCCUGUCUGCCCCCUUCCCCUCACCGAAGAGCAUCUCGGCAAAGACCAGAGGAGGAAGAGAUGGGUGUACUCUCCUGAUCCUCCUCCUCUGCUGGGAGGUUUCUGCUUUGUCCAGGCCCCAAGGACGGCUUCCUCUCCAAGGCUAUCCUUACCCUUGGUAUCUGUCCUGAUUUUGUGGUCAGUUCCCCACAGCCUUUCAUGGGAAGGAGGCCCCUGGCCACACCCAGGGGUCACUGUGGACUGCCUCCCAGACCACCUGCCCACAAAAACGUAGGGCGGCUGCUCUGGGCUGAGCCCUUGGUUGGACACUGGUCUCUACGCACCUGUCCCAGGAAGUGCCUGAGCCUCCCAUGCACACCCUCUCCGCAAAGUGCUAACUUUGCAACUAGUAUUCUUUUCAUAAGGUGCAGAAAGGGCAGAAAUGGGUAUGGCUAACAGGGCUACAGGAGGCCUGGGGUGCUCCAGGUCAUGCCCCAAAGUCUUGGGCCAGGGGCUUCAUGCCUGCCCUGGGGGGCGGGGGCAAGGGGAAACAGUGUGGGUGAGCAUGUAUGUGGGGGCUGUGGGCUAAGGGAGCUGGCCUGUGGGGCACCUCUGGGCAUGUGCACUCACACAGGUACGUGCCCAACUGCUGAGGAGCAGAGCACCUGAGUAAACAUGAGAGUUGUGGGGUGUGUGCACUGA